AUGGAUGUUGAUUGGGAUGGAAAAAAUGAAAUUCUUGUUGGUACAUAUGGAAGAGAAUUACUUGUUUACAAACAAGACAUUGAUGAUCACAAUGUAUUGACUUUCAAAUUAAUAUGGCAAAGAUCAUUUAGUCAUCCAAUUUAUCAAAUUACAAAUUUAGAUUUAAAUCAAGAUAGUGUUGAGGAAUUAAUCGUGGCUACUCAACAUGGAAUUCAUAUAUUACAGCCAAACUUAGAAAAGGCAAAAACAGAAUUAUUUCAAGUAUUGAAAAAUCUUGAGAGUUUAAAAAAAGAGCUAGAUGAACUAAAAGAACAAUCACCAUAA